AUGACGAGCAUCGACGACGAGCUAGCUUUAUUCGAACAAGAGAUCAACUCGCUAGGGACAACAGCCCCAACUUCUUCAACGACCAGUCAGAUCGUAGCGGCACCGACAAGCAAUGUAAAAGUCCCGACGAGCAGCAACGGUGCGCAUAUUGUGAGCGCAGCACCGAGCAUUUUUAUGCCUCCUCAGUUACGGAACACGGCACCAGCGGUUUCCCGUCCAACUACCACCGCGACGGUUCCCACGCCUUCCCGGGCUCCUCCAUAUCAACAAGAUGCUGUCAUUGAGAGUGGGCCAUCGCUUUAUCGAGCUCCUGAGCUUGCAUACACACAAACCGUUUCCGAAGCACCGAAAUUAGCGCCCUUGCCUUCCGAUGUCGAGGCAAUGUCCAGGAAGCGCGAUAUUGCUCGUCGUGAGGCCAUGAUGUCGAAAGCUGUUGGGAAAAAGUUCGUUCGUCAAGCAGGAGGACAGACUUGGGAAGAUCCAUCUUUGGCUGAUUGGGACCAAAACGAUUUUCGAAUUUUCUGCGGUGAUUUGGGCAAUGAAGUCUCCGAUGAGCUUUUGGCCAAAGCUUUUCGAAAAUAUCCUUCUUUCUUGAAGGCAAAGGUUAUUCGCGAUGGACGAUCAAACAAAAGCAAGGGAUUCGGCUUUGUUUCUUUCAAAAGUCAAGAGGAUUAUGUUCGUGCGAUGCGUGAAAUGGACGGAAAAUAUGUCGGCAAUCGGCCUAUCAAGUUGAGGAAGAGUAAUUGGCAGGAUCGUCAAAUCGAAGUUGUCAAAAAGAAGACGAAGCAAAAGCAAAAACUUGGACUUAUCUAU